GGUUUGAUAUCAAACCUCAAUGAGAACGAUUUAUAGUAUUAGUCUUGAAUAUUAAAACCUUUGACACGUCUCACGAGAGGCAUCAUCAUCAUCGUCGUCAUCGACCAGUUUUUCCGCACCUGCACCAUACAGAAUUCGCGAAGAAAUAAAUUUUCAGUUCUGGUCAAUUAAUCUCCGAUGUUUAUCUGGCCGAUAGCCACAAUAUACAGAGUGCGGGUACCGUUCCGGGCUAGCUGUCCACCUGAAUAUUUUUCGUUCUCUCGCCGAGCCGCACACUGUCAAAUCGCAGCCGUCCGAUAUACCGACGUUAAUGAGAUGAUGUUCCAGCCGAAGAGAAGAAGGGGACCCGGCGUCAGUAUGGCUCGAACCGCGGCACUGUUCGCUGCGGUCGCAGCAAGCCUCGUGCUCUCGCUAACCGCGGAAGAUCGAAGAGCGCGCUCCGGCGACCUGGACCGCGGACCCGCCAUGGACUACGAAUCAACCCUCGCGAUCCGGACCGCCAACGAGUCGGCCGUGGCAUUGGAACGCCGACUGGAGAUGAGCACCGAGUUCUUCCUGGUGCCGUCCAGCCCUACGCCGGCUACCACCCCCGGCAGCCACAUCACCAAGACCGUGUGCGCCGGCUGUCCAGCCGACACCGACAAACUCGGGGGCUUGUUCAGGAACGAGGUGUGGGUCAUACCGGUCCUGUCGCUUUCGGCGAUCACCAUGAUCAUGAUCGCGGGGUUCGAAGUAUUCGUAUUGUGCAAGGCGUGGAGAACGACCCCGAGCCGCAGACACCUGUUCCUCGGUCAGAUGCUGCUGCUGGGGUUGUUCAGUUGCGCCGGCUUGGGAGCGGUGUUCGCCGCCUCCCCGACCCAACUCACCUGUGCCAUCGUGCGUUUCGGCACCGGGGUGGCUUACGCUAUCGUUUUCGCAUCGCUGUUGGUUAAGUGCGUGUUCCUGAUCAGCCUAAACGGCGGCGUGUACCUGCCGGCCCCGUACCAAGGACUGUUGUUGCUCUUCGCCAUCCUCAUUCAAAUCGCCAUCGGGGUCCAGUGGCUGAUGACCAGUCCGCCGUUCGUGGUGAACGUCACCAUCGACACGAUCCUGCCGCAGAACAAGCACCGCAUCCUGGUGACCGCCGAGGACAUCGCGAACCCCACGAUCAUACCCCUAUGCCGCACCCCCUACACGGAGAUCCUGAUGUCCCUGAUCUACGUGAUCUUCCUCAUCCUGUUCGUGACCGUGCUCGCCGUCAAGUCGCGGGGUAUACGCGACAAUUAUCGUGAGGCGACCUACAUAGGGUUGUCGGUGGGAUGUAGCAUACCGACGUGGCUGGUGUGGACGAUGAGUGGCCUGGUGGUGAGCGAAAGACACAGGGACGCAUGCAUCGCCUUCGGGCUCGUCAUCUCAUCGGUCGCCGUGUUCUUGAUCAUGUUCAUGCCGAAGGGCAGGCAACUGGCCGCGAUGGGCAAGGAGGGUGUCUACGUGGAGGACAGGGAGGAACGGUUCAGCUCGCUGAGCCGCGCCGGCUCUGGAUACUCGCCUUCCUUCUUCCACUUCAAGCCCAUCAAGUACGGGUUUGCGCACGGGAACUCUCACAAGCAUCAGCAUACCGUCACCACGCUUGGAGGAGAUGUGGCCAUGUAUCCACCGCCGCCGAGUUAUAAUCGGCUGUAUCAGUAUCAGAGCUACCCCAGCCCACCGGGCUACUACUCCACCAGGUAUCCCCCAGGCGGAGUGUUUUUAAGACCGGACGACGGAAACGUUUACACCACAUUGGAGCCGACGUUGAGCAGCAAUCCGAACGUCUAUUUCCAAAGAGGAAACGGAGUCCAUCCAGGAAUGAUGUACUGAAAUUCGCAAUCAAUCAGCAACUUCAUUACGUCGCAAUUUCUCUUGUAAACCAGAUACGUUCCGUACUUGUUGUAUUAUUGAUCCGAGUUUAUGUUUUGAAGAUACAAGACGUUUAUAAUUAUUGAGCAUGUGCUUGUAUUUUUAUUGCUAUUUUUUAUUAUUAUUGUAUCAAUAAUACAUUUUAUUCAGCCUUUCUGUUUUACAUUGCUUCACAGAGUAAUGGCCAUUUAUUGUAAGUAAUAUACAACGAAUGACUGACUGUUUUACCAUAUUUUAAUUAUUGUAUCAACUAUUUUUAGCUAGCUUUAAGGCUGUAAAUAUUUAAUGUAAGAUAAAUUUUUAGAAAUC